UCGAAGUCUGAAACAGCGAGUUCGAAGUCUGAAACAAUCAUCCACGCCUCGGUAGUGUACGGUCGGCGAGGCGUUCUGGGAUCGAGACAGCGAAAUAUUUUUUUCGUAACUUGGAGCGCGCGCUGUUGUGUGACGUCAUACUAGCCACGUGGUGACCGUCGCAACUGUCAGCUGUCACUAACACUGUACUCGCGUCAUCUGCGUCAUAGUUGCCACGUCAUAAAAUUAGCUAACGUCACCUGAGUGACGCUUUGAAAAGGUCACCAAUGUAAAAAUAAAAUGGGAAAAUCCCGAAGGAAAAAGCAAAUCACUCCACUCUGUUAAAUCUCAUAAACGGAUUUAUGACGUCGUCGAUGAGCAAUAAUUUAUGAAAGAUGGAUGCUAUCUAGACACUGCGACCUCGUCUGAUUGUUGACGUGUAUCACCAUGGCAACCAGCACAUCCAAGGCAGGCUACAUGCUUGGCGCGGCCUUGAACUUGAGCCUCGCCCCGAGCGAGGUCAGCACUGCCUUCUACACGGACAACCUGACGCUCCUGGCCACAUCCAUGGCCGACAACGUCACUUCCGCCCUGACCAACGCCAGCAACAGCAGCCUGGAGCUGCCUGGCAACCAGACCAACAUGACGUCACCCCACAGCCUGCCGCACUCCGUGGGGCUGACCGUGUUCCUGGGUCUGCUGGCGGGCGUGGUCAGUCUGGUCACCAUCCUGGGCAACAUCACGGUGCUGCUGGCCUUUGGGCUGGAGCGGACCAUCCGCCAGCCCACCAACUACUUUCUGGCCUCGCUGGCCGUGUCUGACCUGCUCAUAGGGACCUUCUCCAUGCCGCUCUACACCCAGUACCUGCUGUGGGGCAAGUGGCCGCUCGGCCCGUGGCUCUGUGACCUCUGGCUGUCCUUGGACUGGACGGUCUGUCUGACGUCACAGUACACGGUGUUUCUCAUCACCAUGGACCGGUUCCUGAGCGUCAAGAUUCCGGCCAAGUACCGGAACUGGAGAACGGAGAAGAAGGUGAUGGUGAUGAUCUCCAUCACGUGGAUCCUGCCGGCCAUCGUCUUCUUCACCUCCAUCAUCGGCUGGCAGUACUUCGUCGGCGAGCGGACGGUCAAAUACGACGCCUGCGAGGUCCAGUUCAUGAGCGACACCAUGUUCACUUUCCUGCUGACCAUCGGCUACUACUGGAUCACUCUGGUCGUCAUGUUCGUCCUGUACGGCGGUAUCUACAAGGUGGCCCUGGACCUCCAGCGCAAGUCUGACGAGAAGCACAAGAAGCUGCAGUCCACCAUGGAGCUGGCCGGAGACAACCCCAACGCCGCGGUCCGCAGCUUCGGCACCGACCACGACGUGGCCAGCAACAACAACAGCAGUAUGGGCGCCGACAGCCACCCGCCGCAGAAGGAGAGGAACAGCCGCAAGAGCAAGAAGAAAAACUUGGAGCACAGCAACUCGCGCAAGUCGGUCAAGGCCGCCCUACCGAUGCCCCCGGGCGCUCCCGUGGUCAACACCACCAGCUUCAGCAGCAGCAAGGUCAACGACAAGGACGACGACCGCUCCAGCAGUCCGGCUUUUGCCUCAGAUGACGACAACAGUAGCAGUGGCGGCGCGGCCGGAUCCGGCAAAUCCCCCCUGACCUCGGGUAUGUAUUCCGGAAAACCGCACGCAACUGCCGGUAUUGAUAACAGUGCGCUUUACACCAACACCGGUGGUCUAGUGCGCUCACUACAUGCUGAUCUUUUCUUCUCUCCAACCCCAGAUAACCAAGAGAGCCAAAACCUUCUCCAGCCGCCACCCCCCUACUCCAAACACGACGCCAAGAACGCCAGCGAGGCCGGCUCCGAUGUGGAGGGCAGCCAGCUCCAAGAGUUCGACAGCGUCUACUCCUCCUCCAACUCGGAGCGCCUCGAGAAGCAGACGACGCCGCUGCUUCAGAACGAGAUCAUGAAAGGCUGCCGCUUCAUCGACGAGAAAAGUUUUCUGGCGACCCUCAGCUCGGAGAGCGCCGCCCUGCUGCCCGUCAUCCACGGGGAGUCGGAGAUGGACGACUCGGACGUGGCCGACCUGCACACGUCCUCGCCCAUAUGGAAGCGGCGGACGUCACUGCCGCCAUUGGCUACGGACGUCUUUGAUUUGGACGAUGACGUCAGCGACUGUCUGAUCGACUACGCCACCACCGCCACCACCACCACCAGCGACCUAUCAGCAGCCGCCAUCGUUUACUCCAGCAGCAAGAACCACCGCGGCCAGCGCCCCCGUGCCGACACGGCCAACACCAUGACGUCCACCACCACCGGCGCCGACACGGGCACCGACGACAGCAGCGGCAACAAGUCCAGCGAGCUGACCGGUCACGUGGACGGCAACAACUGCUCAAACCCGCCGCCGUCCGACACCAACGAGGACAGCGGCCGCUCGGACACGCACUGCCUGGCGGCCAUCCGGCGCCGGCACAACAAGGACACCCGGCUACACUCCUUCGUCAAAUCUGUCCGCUCCCGCAACAGCCGCCGCCGGAACCGGCGAGAACGGAAAUCAAAAUCGGAGAACCGCGCUCGGAAAGCGCUGAGGACUAUCUCUUUCAUUCUGGGGGCGUUCGUCCUGUGCUGGACACCCUACCACGUGGCCAUCAUGGUGUACGCCAUCUGCGACACGUGCGUCAACAGCGGCCUCUACAGCUUCUCAUACUGGAUGUGUUACCUCAACAGCCCCAUCAACCCCUUCUGCUACGCGUUCGCCAACGCCCAGUUCAAGCGGACAUUUCUCCGCAUCAUGCGCUUCGACUGGCACCGGACAUGAUGACGUCAUGGAUUAUAGUCCAGCUGUUCCACAUCCGCUGCCGUCUGCUGGGGAGGUCACCGUGACCCCGGCUUCUCGCGGACACAGUGUCACGUCCGCUGUGUCACGUCCGCGGUGUCACGCCGGCGUGACCACGCUACCAAGGACAAGCUUACCUGAGACAACACACUAGAGCGUACAGACAAUUAGUUUAAUUAGCGUGUUAAUAAUUAACUAAUUAUCGCUUGUCAUUUUUGUACAAAUUUUUUUAUUUUUUAAAUCACGAGUCGCGCUUUUGUUUGUGUAGGUUUAUAUUUCUACAACUGCCCUGGUGACCUUGACUCGAGUGACCUUGAGCUGGUGACCUUGGGCGUUGUAACUGAUUGAAGCGGAACUGUGAUUCACGUCGUGACUGAUGACUGCUUGUGGGGGAGACAUUGUGUGUGGCUGAUGACAUGACUGGAUGACAUGACUGGAUGACAUGACUGGAUGACAUGACUGGAUGACAUGACUGGAUGACAUGACUGGAUGACAUGACUGGAUGACAUGACUGGAUGACAUGACUGGAUGACA